CAGUUAGGGGAGGAGACAUGCAAACCACAGACAACUGUCACAUAUCUGCUUUGAGACUGAGUAUAUCUCUUGUCAGAGGCACCUGUAUAGAAAGUGAGCUGGAGUUCCAGGUACUGGUGGAUGCAGGGAGAAAGAAGGAUAUAGAUAUCACAUUUGCAGUUAUUUGCAAUAGCAAGAAAAAAGGAUUAUAUUCUGCAACAAACUAGCAAUCUGCAUUAAGGAAUAUGGACGUUUUACAAACCAUCAUUAGCAUAGCAGCAAACAUCUACACGCAGUGCGACAGUGCCGAGACCAACAAGAAGCUCUGUGGUCUCCUGCAGCACAGGAUAGAGCACCUCAAGUUGUCAAUAGAGGACCUGGUAACCUACCCAGAAAAAUCUAAAAAGCUGAAGAGAAUUUUGCUAGGAUUGCUGUUUGCCCUGAAAAAUGCUGAACGCUGGGUGAAUAGAUACUCCAGAAGCCCAUGGUGGAGAAGGCUUAUAGAGGCCAAGAAAGGACAGACAAGGUUUCAUCUGAUCAAUGCCCAGCUGAGCCAUACAACAGAGGCUUUACAACUUCAAAUGGGUGUGGAGCAGUAUGCAGGGUUCCCUAAGAGAGAAACUGGAGAGGAUUUAGCCACACAGAGAUCAAGAGCAGGUCACAGAACAGGCACCGAAGUGAUUAACGAGUUCAUGGAGCAAAUAUGUGAUUUCAGAAGAUUCCUGUCCUCUAUAGACAGCGCUGAACGUAGACGAGAUCGUCUCAAGCAGGAGAUCAGAAAUGUGAAAGAAAACAUCUUGGAGCUGAUGGACUGGUCUCCCAAUUCCAAUAAAUUGGAGGCGUUGAUUGAUGAAGGCUCAUUAAUGGAAUACAGGGCCACAGAAUACUCCCGAGGCUGCUGUCUCACAAGAAUUAUUAGUAGACGUGGAAUGGCGAGAAUGCUCAGUGACCAAUGUCAGAUAAUCCACAAUUUACUAACGAUUAUGGACAAGAUAUCGCAGAGAGAGGACCAGAACAGAAGUGUGAUGCCCCCUGUACACACCAAAAUAUGGAAUCGAGUACAAGCAAUUUGGAGAAAAAUUUUCAACAAACAAGAAAAGUAUCGUCUUUGAGGAAGAUGAAUCCAGGAGCUCUUACAUAUGAUCUGAGGAAUGGUAGACCCCCCCCAUGGGGAACUGGAGAUAUCCGACUUGAAAGCAGUGGUCCCCAUCCAAGCCUGUUAAUUGCUCUUCCUAGCCAGAUAUUUUGGGUUCUGUCUGACUUAGAGUUUUUCUGAGGGAAUAAUCCAAAAGCUGUGACUCUCCCCUUUUGGUGGACACUGGCAGCUUGUCUCUACUAUGCCGAGAGCCAGAGAUAUCAGACUGCAAGCAGAUGGUCCCUGCUCCAGCCCCACAUGCCUAAUAUACAGUUUUAGAUUUUCAUUGGUGAAUUGCUCUGGUUCCUGAUCUCUGAUCCCCAAGUCCCCAAAACUUUCUAAAAGGUGGGACUCUCUAGUUUUUUAUCCCAUUCAAAGCUAAGAAAUAUAUUUUCAGAAACUGGAGAUAUCUUCAGUCAAGCAAGCUGUCCUCCCACCAGAAAAUUAUAAAUAUUAAGCCCACUCCACUAUCCACCCCUCCCCUACGUAUUAUAGUCCCCCUACCACCCUGGAAGUCAUGUACCUUCUUCAUUCAGCCCAAAGCCCCCUUCUACAGUUUAGCCCCAUCUGUGCAGUAAAGGAGUAAAUAGCAGAAAUAACUGCUCCAGGUACAACAUGCUGAGCGGAAGAUAGAACACCCACUACCGCCCGCGGAACAUCAAAGCUGCCGCUGAUAGCACCCUCCACCCCUACAGCUGGAGGAUAGGUAGGGGGCCCAGUGCAUUGCUGUGCCCAGGGGCCUACACUGCUGUAAAGACGGCCCUACCCCUCCCCCUCUUCUAGUCUACCUCUGACACUUACAUUUUUUUAGAAGUUACAGACUCUGUAUCAAUGCUCUAUCACCUCUCCUCUCUACCCACUUAUCCCUAUAUGGAACAUUCCCGAUUUCCCGCAAGGACUUUGAAGGGUUAAACAUGCUAUAUGAAUUGUUAUGUGUUUGAAUAGACACGUACGCACUCUCUACAAGAUGCCUUUGUCUGUUCAUAUAAUAUAAGGCUUGUGUGUGUCUUAUCUUCAAGGACAAUUACAUACUAGAUCAAAACUGUUACUUCUGUGUGUUACUAAAAUAUCCCGCAUGUAAUGUCGUAUGCUACUUCUAUUUAUCCAAUCAUAUGCUUGCACAUAUUGUAUACACCCAUGUUUCUCUUCUAUAUAGUAC